UAAAUGGUUUGAAUUAUUUUGUGGAAAUUGUGUGGAUAACCCAGCUGUACCAUAGAGUUCCGUCGCUUUUAACGGACAUAGAACCUGAUGUGACUCUGGUUGAUGUAAAAAAAAUGCAGAAUGUAGUUCAUGGAAAUGCGUGCGAUGCCGUGAGAGAGGAACCCCAGGAGGCCGAGUCGUUCAUCUUGGACCCCGAAGAGCUGGAGGAAGAGCCUGUGCUGGACACGUCCAAGUUCCUGCUGUCCUCUGAAAGUGGCCGCGGAGACAGCCCCGAGCUCCAAGUGGGCAGCGUGGACCCCGAUACACAGGCGCGGCUGGAAGCCCUACUCGAAGCCACAGGGCUGAGCAAGCUGUCCCUGGAGGGCAAGCAGUUUGCGGACCCCGAGGUGCUGCGGCGGCUGACGACGUCUGUGAGCUGCGCCCUGGAUGAGGCGGCGGCCGCCCUCACUCGCAUGCGUGCUGAGCACGUGGCCCCCCUACCCCCACCGCCACCCCAGGGAACCGCCCACCACCCGGCUAGGACGCUGGCGGAGGCGUGCAGCGAGGGGGACGUGCGGGCGGUGCGGGAGCUGCUGGACGAGGGACGCAACGUCAACGAGGUGACGGAGGAGGGCGAGAGCCUGCUGUCCCUCGCCUGCGCCUCGGGCUACUGCGAGCUGGCACAGCUGCUGCUUGCCAUGCGUGCCAACGUGGAAGACCGGGGCCUCAAGGACAUGACCCCCCUGAUGGAGGCGGCCACAGCAGGCCACGUGGACAUUGUCAAGCUGCUCAUUGAGCACGGGGCAGACGUCAACGCCCAGACCGCACAGGGCCACACCCCCCUGAUGUUUGCCUGCCUCGGGGGCCACGAGGGGGUGGCUCGGGCCCUGGUGCACGCGGGGGCCAACCUGGAGGACCACAACGAGAACGGCCACACCCCGCUGAUGGAGGCGGCCUCGGCGGGACACGUGAGCACCGCCCGGGUGCUGGUGGAACAGGGCGCCUCCAUCAACACCCACUCCAACGAGUUCAAGGAGUCGGCGCUCACCCUCGCCUGCUACAAAGGUCACCUGGAGAUGGUCCGGUUCCUGCUCCAGGCCGGUGCGGACCAGGAGCACAAGACGGACGAGAUGCACACCGCCCUCAUGGAGGCAUCCAUGGACGGGCACGUGGAGGUGGCGCGCCUCCUGCUGGACUCGGGGGCACAGGUGAACAUGCCGACGGACAGCUUUGAGUCGCCCCUGACGCUGGCGGCGUGCGGGGGCCACGUGGAGCUAGCCAUGCUGCUGCUGGAGCGGGGGGCCAACAUUGAGGAGGUGAACGACGAAGGCUACACCCCGCUGAUGGAGGCGGCCCGGGAGGGCCACGAGGAGAUGGUGGCCCUGCUGCUCUCCCAAGGUGCGGACAUCAACGCCCAGACGGAGGAGACCCAGGAGACUGCCCUGACGCUGGCCUGCUGCGGGGGCUUCCUGGAGGUGUCCGACUUCCUGCUCAAGGCCGGGGCGCACCUGGAGCUGGGGGCCAGCACCCCACUCAUGGAGGCCGCACAGGAGGGCCACCUGGAACUGCUGCGCUACCUCAUCUCCCAGGGGGCCAACGUGAAUGCGAAGACGGCGACGGGGGACACCGCCCUCACGUACGCCUGCGAAAACGGUCACACGGACGUCGCCGAUCUCCUGCUGCAGGCAAACGCUGACCUGGAGCACGAGUCCGAGGGCGGCCGGACGCCACUGAUGAAGGCGGCGAGGGCGGGCCACCUGUGCACGGUGCAGUUCCUGCUGACGCGGGGCGCGGACCCGAACCGCCCGACGAGCAGCAACGACCACGUGCCCCUGUCGCUGGCGUGUGCGGGGGGCCACCUGUCGGUGGUGGAGCUGCUGCUGGCCCACGGGGCGGACCCCAGCCACCGCCUCAAGGACAACUCGACCAUGCUCAUCGAGGCCUCCAAGGGGGGCCACACGGCCGUGGUGCAGCUGCUGCUCGACUACCCCAACCUGGCCGCCGGGGGCUCGCCCUCCGCCGCCGGCUCGGCCGCCUCCGCGGUGGCCGCCCAGCAGGCGGUGGCCACGGCAGCCGUGGCGGGCACCCUGCCCCAGCAGCUACAGCAGCUGCAGCAGCAGCAGAGUCAGCAGCAGCAGCAACAGCAGCAACAACUUCCCGGUUCCAAUGCGGGAACCGUCGAGGCAUCCCCCCGGUUCGGAGGCCACAGCCUGCAGGUGGUUCCGCUGACGGAAGAGCAGCGGGUGGCCGCCCUGGCUGCGGCCGCGGCCGGCCAUCCCUUCCUGCCCCACGUCGCUGGAGCGGGCUCUCGCGCAAGUGCCACGGCGGCGACGUCCUCGUCGACCGUGGGUGCGCCCUCCCCCGCCUGCCCGGAGGUGGCUGCGACCCCGGUGUCCUGGGGCGGUGGCAAGCGCAAGGCGAGCGGGGACUCCGGCGGGCCCCCGCCCCUGGUGGUGUGCGCCGGCUCCGCGGGGGCCAGGCUGGCCACCGAGCAGGAGAGGCACCAGCAGGCAGCCGCGGCAGCUGCUCAGGGUCUGCGGCCAAGCGAGCGACUGGAGGCGUGCAUCAACAGCAUGAUGCGGAGUGCGGAGCUGAACCACCCGAGCAGGGAGGAGCAGAUCCUGCAGAAGCAGCAGAUCCUCGAGGAGCUGCAGAGGGUCGAGAGGGAGCUGCAGGAGAAGGCGCAUGCGCAGAUGGUGCUCUCUGGCCACCACCACCUGGUUCCCCCGUGCGAGGAGGUGGAGGAGCUGAACCUGCGCAAUGCGGCCCUCUCCUCAUCUCCCUCCUCCCCUCCCGACCUGGCCGCCCCCUCCUGCCACCUUCCCUCGGCCUCUACCACGGCCACGCCUCCCGUUGUGGCCGCCGCACCCCUGGGACCGGCUGCCGCCAAGCGGCACCUCGACAAGGCGAAGCCCAAGGCCCUGGCAGCGUGCGCCCCCAAGGACACGGCGUGCAGCCUGGCGGUGGGGCCGUCCCCCCUGUGUGCCCCCUCCUCGUCGUCCCAGCAGGGCUGCGUGCAGUCCCCCCAGGGGGCCCCCUACCCACCCUCCCCGCUGGGCCCCACCUCCGCGGCGUCCUUUGCGGCGCCCGCCCAGGGGGACGAGGGACUCAUGGUGGCCGCCCCCGCCCGCACCCUCCACGAGACCCUCGGGGAGAUCGUGUCUGGUCCCGCGGUGGCCGGCGGCGUUCCCUCCGCAGUGGCGGUGGCAGUGGCCGCGGCAGCGUCCGCCCAGGUGUCCAUUACGGCGCAGCAGGCGGUGUGCCCCGACCACCAUCACCACCACCACCACCAUCACCACCACCACCACCCUCAGCAGCAACAGCAGCAGCAGGGACACCCGGGGGCGGCGGGACAUCCCGGGGUGGCCCCCACGGGCCUGCCACCUCCGGCGCUCGCCUUCCACCCGGCCGCCUUUCCCAUCCAUGCACAGGUGGACCUGAACUGGCAGACGGAGAGCAACCACGACACUGCCCUGACGCUGGCCUGUGCGGGGGGCCACGAGGAGCUGGUGGGGCUGCUGCUGAGCAGGGGGGCCCACUUGGAGCACCGGGACAAGAAGGGCUUCACCCCGCUCAUGCUGGCGGCCACGGCCGGCCACGCGGGGGUCGUGGACAUCCUGCUCUCCCACGGGGCCGACCUGGAGGCCCAGUCGGAGCGCACCAAGGACACGGCCCUCUCCCUCGCCUGCUCGGGGGGACGCUACGAGGUGGUGGAGAUUCUACUGGCACGUGGGGCCAACAAGGAGCACCGCAACGUUUCAGACUACACCCCCUUGAGCCUGGCAGCGUCUGGCGGAUACGUCAACAUCAUCAAGCUGCUGCUUCAGCACGGAGCUGAGAUCAAUUCGAGGACGGGCAGCAAGCUGGGCAUCUCGCCGCUGAUGCUGGCGGCCAUGAACGGGCACGUGGCGGCGGUGAAGCUGUUGCUGGACCACGGGAGCGACAUCAAUGCCCAGAUCGAGACCAACAAGAACACGGCCCUGACCCUGGCCUGCUUCCAGGGCCGCCAGGAGGUGGUGGCACUGCUGGUGGACCGCAGGGCCAACGUCGAGCACCGGGCAAAGACGGGGCUGACCCCCCUGAUGGAGGCGGCUUCUGGAGGCUACGUGGAGGUGGGGCGGGUCCUGCUGGACAAGGGGGCAGACGUCAACGCGCCCCCCGUGCCCUCCUCCCGGGACACGGCCCUCACAAUCGCCGCCGACAAGGGUCACUACGCCUUCGUGGAGCUCCUCAUCAAGAGGGGAGCUGCCAUUGAUGUCAAGAACAAGAAAGGGAGCUCACCGCUGUGGCUGGCCUGCAAUGGUGGCUACCUGGACGUGGUGCAGCUGCUGGUGGCGGCCCAGGCGGACAUUGACAGCAUGGACAACCGGCGGGUGUCGUGCCUGAUGGCGGCCUUCCGCCGGGGCCACGUGAAGGCGGCCAAGUGGCUGGUCAAGCACGUGGCCCAGUUCCCCUCGGACCAGGAGAUGGCCCGCUUCAUGGCCACCCUGGGCACCGAGAGCAAGGAGCUGCUCCGCAAGUGCCACCAGUGCACCGAGGUGAUCCACGCCGCCAAGGAGCGCCAGGCAGCCGAGGCCAACAAGUGCGCCUCCAUCCUGCUCGAGGAGCUGGACCAGGAGCGGUCCCGGGAGGAGAGCCGCAGGGCCGCCGCCGCCCGGCGCAGGGAGCGCAAGCGUCGCAAGAAGAAGGAGAAGCAGGAGCAGCUGCGCCUGGCCAAACUGGAAGCAGAGGGUGGGGACAAGGGUGGAGCGGCCAGCGGCAAGGACUCGGACUCCAAGAGUGAGGGAGACAAGCCCCCGACCAGCUCGCAGUCUGAGGAGGAGGAUGAGGAGGAAGAGGAGGACGACGACGAGGACGACGAGGGAGGGCCGACACCGGCCCCCGGCCAGGGCUCGGCCACGCCGGCCAGCGAGCUGGACGAGCGGCUGCCCAACCCCGGGGGAGGCACUGCACUAGCAGAACACGGCUCCUCCAACCCCGGCCACCUGUUCCCUCCCCCGGCGGUGCCGUCCAGCCGGUCCAAGGGUGCCUCCCAGUCCACCCCCACCCCCUCCCUGGCCACCAAGGUGCGCUUAAAAGACGAACACCCCCCGCCGGCCGAAACCACCGGCGGCCACCAUGUCCCCCACGAGUCCUCGUCCAGUGCCUCCUCGCCGCCCAAGGUUGCGGCGGACAAGAACUACCGCAAGAACAAGAAGCAUGACCCAGCGGUACCCGUGGCUGCUCCGCGGCUCAACCACAUGGUCGUGGCGGCGACGGCCCUCCCCGUGGCCGCCGCGUCCUGCGGUGCCAAGGGCAAGGGCAAGGCGACGCAGCAGCAGACGGCGCGGAGCGUGGCGGUUGUGACGCUCCACAGGCAGCCGUUUGCUGCCGCGGCCAAGCGGGGAGAGGUGUUGGUGAACGGACUGUCGGCGGACGGCGAGGACUUUGUCGUCGCCCCCACCAAGGGCUCCAACAAGCACAGCAGGAGCUCCCUGCACCAUUCGGACGGGACGAAGAGCAGCCCGCUGGGCGAGUUGGCCCUGGAGGUGCUGGAUGGGUGCGGGGGCCCCCGCAGUCCCCCCCGGCCGUCCCCGCUGGCGUCCGCGUCGCCCAAGAAGGCCUCCUCGUCGCUGCUAGCCUCGUGCGCGGCAGGGCUGGCGGCGGGGGGCAAGGGCCACCACCACCGGGGUGAGGAGGGCUGGAAGGAGGUGGUGCGACGCUCCAAGAAGGUUACUGUGCCAUCGAGCGCCAUCAGCCGGGUCAUCGGCCGCUGCGGCUGCAACAUCAACGCCAUCCGGGAAGCUUCCGGGGCGCACAUCGAGGUGGAGAAGCACAAGGGCCAGGGAGAGCGCACCAUCCUCAUACGGGGCUCGGCGGAGGCGACGAAGCAGGCGCAGCUGCUGAUCACGGGGCUGGUCCAGGAGCCCGACCGAGACCUGUCGGACAUCAUGGCCCAGCACGGGGUCACGGUGGGGCCUAAGGCACCCCCGGAGGUCCCCCAGCAGCAGCAGCAGGCUCCCCCCACAGGAGGACGCACCGCGGCCUCCAACGCUGCGGUCGCGGCUGCCCCUUGCCUCCCGGCCAGCGCACCGUCCGCCAGCCAGUUGGCCUCCUCGGUGCUCGUGUCCGGCGGCGGCGGCAAGCCCGGUCGACAGGCAAGCUCGGCCAAAGUAGCGAGCGCCAAGGCGGCGGCUCCGGCGCCGUCCCUGCCCCCCUUUGGGCAGACGCGGCCGGCACCCAGGCCGGGCAUCCCCACCCUGUCCGGGGGCGCCCAGACCAGCUCCUCUGGAGGGCCCCCCUUCGCCCUGGGCACCUCAGGCUGGGGUUCCGCAGCCCCGGCCAAGCCCCUCCCCGGCGCCACCCCGGCGUCCUCCGCAACCGCCCCCACCACCGCCACCACCCAGGUGACUAGCGCAGCCGUGAACGGGACGGCGGCGGCGGCGGCGGCCUCGUACACCCAGGCAGUGAUUUCCCCCGCCAAGCGGGCCGAGGGCAGGGCAGCCUCGGCGGACCCCCGUCAGAGCUCGUCCCCGAGCUCAGGGGGCAGCCCGUCUCCCACCCUGUCGGCCCCGGCCCCAGCCCAAGGAGGGGCCUCCCCGGGGGCCCCCUCGGGGACGCCCCUCGGGCUGGCCCAGACAUUCUCGCCCUUCAACAACGUGUUCAGCAAGGAGACCCAGCCCAGCGUGUGGGGCCAGCGGGAGGCCUCCAAGCCCAACUUUGCCUCGGUGGCGGCCUCGGGGGUCUGCGGCCCCCCCGGAGGGCCCCAGGCACCGGGGCCCGACCAGCCCGUGGUGGACGCGGCCAAGGCUCCCGGCUACCGGGGCAACCUGCACGUGACGCCCCCCAACUACGGCCCCAUCGGGAGCGGUCCCCGCAGCGCCCCCUGCACGCCCCCCAUCGGAGCCCCCGCUUCCCCUCCCCAGCAGCAGCAGCAUCAGCAACAGCAGCAGGAGUACUACGAGGGGUCCCAGCACGCGGCGGUGUCUCCCUCGUCUCGGAUGGUGUUUGCCCCCUCGCCCCACUAUGGGCUGGGGCCCCCCGAGAUGGGGGGCCCCCCGCAGGCGGCACCCUCGGCCAUCCAGAGCACGCUGAACCCCAAUGCGCCGGACUUCUCGAGCCGGUCGGCGGCGCCCCCGGUGAUGAUGGCCCCUCCCCCGCACCACCUGGGCUCCCACCAGGCCCUGCGGGCGCCUCCUUUUGCGCCCCAGGACUUCCUGCAGCAGCAGCAGCAGAGCCUGGGUGCGCACCAGGGCCACCCAGCCGUCUUCCCCCUCCAGAUGAUGUCCCACCUGCAGCAGCAGUACUCCGGCCUGGUGGCCCCCGUCGGGCAGCUGCCCAAGGGAGACCGCACUCCCCUGGGCAUCCGGCUCACGGACGACGGGUCCCCCUCGUCGUUGUCCCCUCAGCAGGGGGGCCUCUCUCCCACGGUGGGGUCGUCCCACCCGGGGGACGACCGCAAGCUGCCCCGCCCCAUCGGCACGGAGCGGGCCCAGAAGAAGAACGUGCCCCUGGGGGCCCCCUCGUACCCACCGCCCAAUGCUGCCACGGGCAUCUGGUCCUACCCCAACAGUGCUGGGAGCGCUGUGUCGUCGGAGCUGAGCUCGAUGGCAGCGUGGGUGCAGUACCAGCAUGCAGCGGGGGCCCAGGGGGACGGUCUGCCCCAGCUGCUACACAACCGCUUCGCAGAAGGGCCCUCGGAGAACGCCCUCGAACACUCCUACCACCAGCAGCAACAGCAGCAGCUGGGUUCGGGCCUGGGCGGGUGUCCCCCGUUCCUGAAUGGCUUCCCCACGGUGGCCAACCACCUGCUGGGGGGCGGCGCCCAGCUGUUCCCCCCGGCGGCCCGGGUGGCCGCGGAGGCGCCCCAUCAGGAGGCCCCCUGGUCCCCCCACAAGCUGAUGGCAGACCCCAUGGCCCACCACCACCACCACCACCACCCGGGGCGCGUCCAGCCGCACCACCCGCAACAACCGCAGCACCACCAGCCACAGCACCACCCCCACGUGGCCGCAAAGCUGCCCUGGCAGGGCUGGGCCCCCCACCAGACGUGAUGCCGCUGACAACAGCCCACGAGCAGUGCGGACAGAGGGACUGCCUCCGGCUCCCCACGGCGGGGGACACACGUUUAUAUAUAUAUAAAUAUAUAUAUACAAGGAGAAACCAUUUACAUAGCGAGAGAUUAGAGAGGCCGGGGGACGGGACGACGGGCCCCUCCCCCGGCACCCACGGGCCGUCUGGGUCAGGCAGGCUGCAGCGCUGUUAUAAAUACAAAUAAAAACAGGUUCGAAAAAAGA